GGACACACCGCAACGCGCCACUCAAUCGGCUCUGUAGCGAAGUCAGGUCAGUGCUCUGCCUUCUGCAGCUGGCAUGAACAUUGUGCGCACUAAACACUACAGUGUUACUGCUGAGGAACUGUGCGCAUACCAUACCGCCUAUAUAUACGAACGCCGACGGUUUACCUUCGGUCUCGACUCGUGCACCAUCCAGGCACCCGUUCCUGCGUUGAGCGUCGGCGUUCCUCGGCAUCGCUCGUCCUACCUCGGCGUAACCGAGCGAACGAGUACACAGAAGGAUGAAAGAGCGAACGCGGAGCGCAGCAGGUGAUGAAAGACUGCGAAGCGAAGAGAGCGCCAGGAGGAAAGCGGAGGAAGCCACAUUGAAGCAACACCAGGUGGCGCUCACGUCUCCGCAUCCGCUGGGUGCAGACGCUGCUGAGGUUGAAUGCGACUUCGAGCAUGGCGUCUGCGAGUUUUCGUCAAGCUGCAAGGGCGGUGACUGUUUCGAGCCAGUUCGGGCAAAUCUGGUAAACGAGGGGCCCGCUGUCGAUCACACAACCGGAGGAGGUGACGGCUGGUACAGCCGAGCUCAGUUCUCGAGGAACUCCUGGUACGAGUCAGUGGCCCAGCUGGAGCUGUCGACCGCGGGGCCCUUUUGCUUCUCGGCGUGGGUGCACGUAUCUGGCCUCAAGCUGCCGCGCGUCGAGAUGGCCUCGCGCCAGCUGGACGCCGGCUUGUUAGGGGACGAGGCCGGCAUGGAGCGCGUCUUCUACCGGGUGCAGUCCUCGCAUCCGGAGCUCUGGCGCAAUGUGCUCUACUACGAGGACCGUCGGGGUAGCAUGCAGAUAGAGAUUCGAGCUUGGCACUUUACCAAUGGAUCCGUCGGUGUCGAUGAUUUGAGCGUGUCCAGCGGAUCGUGCCCCACAGAUCCCCUGGACGGAUCGUGUUCGUUCGACCGAUCUGUGUGCGGCUACGAGAACGCAGUCGGCGGCAGCAGUAACAAAUGGAGGAGAAUCCCGCCGGGCCGCUCCGCGAGCAGGAACAAGGCUGUGGCUCUGGACCACACCACCGACACGAUACGGGGUGGUUACGUCAGCCUGCUGGUCCCGGCCAACACCGUGACCUCGAAAAUUCUCACUUCCCCGAUGCUCAGCGGGUCUGCAGAAGAACCCACUCGCUGUAUCCGGUUCUUCUACUUUGCCCCAGCACCAAACCACCACAGUGGACUCGAGCUUUUGCUGAGCAAGGGCUCCGCACUGGCAAGCGACAGCCAACAGCCGGACCUAGUACGGCUCUGGGGUGUCGACUACAACUCUCUCAUAAGUGGCGCCUGGAUGCCAGCUGAAGUCGGCUUCAUUGCUUCGGACAAUUAUGAGCUUCACUUUCGUUGCUACGUCGAACAUGCUUGGAACAGCUCGUGGUACUGUGCCGUGGACGACAUCGAGGUUUACGCAUGCGGGGACCAGAAAGGAAAGGGAAUCAGUUGCGACUUCGACAGUGGUCAUCUGUGCAACUGGACGGAUUCGCCGGAGCCGUCGGGCGUCGCUGGCCAAUGGAGAUUGAGUGACCUCCACUGGGGGGAGCCGCACUUCCCCUAUCGAGACCACACGCGCGGCACGUCUAAAGGAGGCUUCGUGUACGCUGAAAACAAGGAUCAAAAGUCCGUGGUGAAGGCAGUCCUCAUCAGCUCUACAUGGGACGCCAGCUGGGUGGGAGGCGCCUGCCUCAUAUUUUGGCACUUCGCUGUCUUCAACCAACCUGGAAGCUGCAACCUGACCGCGUCGCCCAUGUCGGGUGACCCCUGGUGGUCGAGCACGCAUGAGCUCGAGCGCGCAUGGAAGCCGGAAGUCAUUCGAGUGUGGCUACCGUCUGACCAGCACCAGUUUAGAUUGGAGGCUUCUCUGACCGACGCCUUAAUUGCCGUUGACGAUGUUACGCUGACGUUUGGUGCAUGUCCUUCGGAACAGAGGGGACUAAGCUGCGAUUUCGAGCGAGGCCCCUGUACGUGGACGAACUCAGUGAAGAAGCGGAGAACCUGGGAGUGGCUCCUGCGUGGUGGACACCUCAACACUGACGUCCCGCAACCGUCUCUAGACCACACUCUGUCGUCCGACGAAGGCUCAUUCAUGCUCGUCAGUGGCCGUGAAAUGCAACAGGCGGGCACCGCUGAGCUGCAGAGCGAAGUCGUGGACCUGGACACGCCGGGCGCACAGUGCAUGGACUUCUGGUACACGGUCCACGGUUCUCAAGGCGCCCAGAUCACGUUCAAGGUUACUGUACAUCGAAACACACCUCGCUCGAAUCCUCAGUACGAAGAACUGUGGUUCCACAAAGAGGGAAACGUCACUGCAUGGCAACUCGGCCGAGUCAAGAUUCCUCGACAGCACAGGGUGACGUUCGAAGCUGCUGUGUUGCAAAGCCGUGACGGCUACAUAGCGUUGGAUGAUAUCGGCAUCUACAUCAACGAUGAUUGCUCAACUAUGCCAGCAGAGGCCACAGCCGGAAAAGCAGCGUACGUCAUACUAGAGUGCGUGUGGAACACACCUAACAGAUGUUCCUGGAGUCGUCCGGACGAAAUUGUUGGAACUUGGAAACUGGGAAGCCGUUUUCCACCAAGAUAUGCGUUGGCGCCAGCUGCCUCGCCAAACGGGAAACCCAACGAUUUCAUCUACCUGAGCUGCAGCAAGCUUCACUCAUCAGGCGCCGCGGUGUCCGCAUCACUUAGCUCGCCCAUCGUACCUCUGCAACAGACGGCCGUGUGUGCACACUUUUCCUUCCACAUGUUUGGUCCCGGAAAGCGGGAGCUGAGCCUCUCGCUGCGCACCCGUCAGGACCACGCGUCGACGCAGAGCAAGACCCACGAGCUGUUUCGGGCGUACGGGGGCACCGUUGCGGACAGCUGGUACCACGUGGCCCGCACCAUACGCUUCUCAGCACACGCGACUGCGCUCGAGUUUUCCGUAUCCAGCGACAAGUGCGAGCGGGGGGACAUCGCCCUCAGCAAUAUCCACGUGACGCCCGGCGUCUGCAUGGACAAUGAUGACGGCCGAGGACUGUGCGACUUCGAGCACAACACAUGCUACUGGCACAACAAAGGCUGGACGCACGUCUUGACAGGCAUGAGGGGUGACAUGGCAAGCGCCAGCCUUCGCUCAGGACCGGCCAACUCCGCUGGCUUCCUUCAGCUGGUGUGGUCCAAGGGCGCUGCCAACCAGGCCUCCCUGAGCAGCCUGCUAUGGCCUGUCCAGGACCAACCUCGCACCGUCGAGCUGUGGUACUACAGAAACGUAACAGGAAACGGAAUCCUCGAGGUCUACCUGGUCGACAAAGCAGGCUCGCAACUCGCUAAGAUCUGGACGCUGCCGAACGCUACCGAGCCUCACACAUGGUCCUUGGCUCGCGCGGAGAUUCCCGAUCAAACCGUGGACUUUAAGGUGGUGAUAGAAGGCAAGUUUGACCCACGUUCCAACGUGAACGCUGUGAUUGCGGUUGACAAUGUGCUCCUUGACUUGCUCCCACCUGCCCAUGUGGCUGACUGUGAUUUUGACCGAGACCUUUGCGGAUACGUCAGUAAAUCCGACUCGGACUUUCGGUGGAUUGUGGGCAGUGGUCGUGUGUUCAGAAGACAACCGGGUGCCCAAACCUACAAUAUGAUUUCUUCCGGUGCGGGUAAUCCUGGCCGAUUCGCCUACGUGGACACCACUGUAUCCGCAAACAAUUCAGCCGCCCUCCGUAGCGCCCAUUUUAGCAGCAAGGGCAAUGAAACUUUGGCCGUGCGCUAUUUCAGGAGCGGAACAGCUUUAGAGUCCUUCCAAAUCUACCAGCUGGUCCUAAGCAGUCGAGCCAAGGAGACGACUCGGCUCCUCCUAGCCGACCUGCUCCCGAAAGAGCAGUGGCAGCGCGUCGAGCUACCGCUGCACGAGGCCGGCGACAGCCAGCUUGAGUUCACGCUCACGGGCUCCUCCAGUCAGACAGGAGGAGUUGCGGCCAUCGCGGGCGUCAGUGUCGCAUCUGCAGUGAAAGGUGGAUCAGAACCAGCAGAGGAACCGAUUCCAGAUCUUACCUGCGCAUUUGACGACGGCAGCUAUUGCCUCUGGAAGUCAGACACGAAUGCAGAGGGACAGGCGCAGUGGGAGCUGAGCGACACGGCAACAGGGCAGCCCUCCUUCCCACUCUUCGACCAUUCAACGAGAAAUUCGACCGGUCGAUUCAUUACUGCUAAAAACGUCGGCUCAGACGCUUCAGUGAGCCGCAUAAAAAGCCUCCCAUUGCCCGCCCAGUUGUCGGCAAGCGGUCUCUGCUUCUCGUUCUGGUAUUUCACGCUCACGGAACGCAAUAGCAGCAUAAGUGUGACUUUGGCACCUUCAAGCUCCCCUUCUUGGUUCGAGCCCGGUGCAAGAAUGACCGCAUGGACGCCGGCUCUAGUUUACUUGGCAGGAUCGGCAACUGCAAAGAGGACUCAGAUUGUAGUCGAAGCAAGCAUACAGGACGGGCUAAUCGCAGCGGACGACUUCUCAGUGACGCACGGUAACUGCACAAAACCAUCUCUUUGUGCUUUCGAAGGCAGCGUCGAAUGCGGCCAAACUCGGGACCUCAGCAACGUUCGGGAGUGGACUGUGCAGCAGGGAUCUCAGCUCGGUGUCGCCGAUCAUACCUUGCGAAGCACAUUUGGCCACUUUCUAUACUUGAACACAACGUCCGUCAGGCAGAGCCGUAACUCCAUCGCAAGGAUCCAUCUUCCUGUUCGCAAUGCAACGCCGGAUGCCUGUCUAACCUUCUGGUGGCGUGCUCAUGGAGAACAGAGCGAGCUCAACGUCUACAGGUUCGUUCACGCUGAAGGCCUCGGCAACGCACUCCUUUCAGUGGACACCGAAGAGAGCAUUUGGUGGAAUGGCCGCUCGGUAAACGUCGCCGCCGACAGGCCUUGGCAGGUGGUAUUUGAAGCACGGAUCCCUGACUUUUUCACGACAGAAUCUGGCAUACUUCUCGAUGACAUCGAGCUUGCGCAGGGGGCAUGCCCAGAUCAACAUGCUUGCACUUUCGAAGGACCCACGUGCCUUGCCUGGGAGAAUUCGUAUGACCCAUUCGCUACUGGCUGGUGGCAGCAUCAGCGGGCUGGCCUCUCCGGGUUUCCCUCGGACCAUACGACAGGAACGCCUGAAGGACACUACCUGCGCUUCUCAGCCAAGUCUCCGGGACAAUUUGCGGUGCUGACAGCAGGUGGUAGCAGCAGUGACGCCCGGUGUGCCACCUUCUGGUAUUUGCUAUCGGACGAACUCCACGGCCUCAUACUGUUGGCAGGACCCACAUACUUCAACGAGUCUACACACGGCCAAUGGCGUUCGGCCCAAUUCAGUCUCACGAACCACUACAGAUCCAUCAUCGCUGUAUCGGGCAGUAAUCCCAAGGCGUUCGCCCUGGUCGACGACCUGCUUGUUCACGAUAGCGACUGCACCAAUGAAGGAGACGUUUCCGCAGUUACGACAGCGAGCACAGCGAAAAUUGUGACUGCUGGAGCAACCACACACUUUGGAACUACCUUCGUUUCCACAUCAUCAGAGGCAGUGACAGUGGCCACCCCGAGCGUUACUAAUGGUGAAGCCUCUUCAACGAUGGUUAUGACAACUGCAUCCUCAUCAUCUAUGGACACCACAAUGUCUUCAUUCGUGCCUUCAACAAUUCCCACCACGUCCGUGUCCACCGCCGUAAGGCCUACCUGUGGCAAAGGCAUGUUCAGCUGCCGCGACCGCGCACACUGUGUUCCUGCACUGCUCCUCUGCGAUGGCGUUCGAGAUUGCCCCAACGGAGCUGACGAACUAUGUGGAGACCACGAAUUUUGCCCUGGUGGUCAUUACUUCUGCCAGAAGCCAUCAACAUGUCUCGACGCGUCCAAGCUGUGCGAUGGUCGUGAAGACUGCAGCGACGGAUCUGAUGAGAUUCUCUGCAAUGACUGCCCAGGUUACUUCUGCCGCAACCAAGGAAAUUGCAGUUUCCAUACAGUAACCGGGGCACCAGAAUGCAUGUGCAAGGCCAGUUUUCAAGGCAAUCGAUGUCAGAAAAAGCUCGUGGAAGAUAAUUCAGCAGAGUCAAGUGCAAGAGGUGCAAGCAGAGGCUGGGCGUAUGGUGCACCCCUGCUGGUGCUCUUCAUCCUGGGUUUCACCACCACAGUGGUCAUUUACCUCCGGCGAAAAAAGAACAAGGAGGCGCGCAGUGAAAUAGAGAAGAGCAGACAAGUGGUCAUAGAAAAUCCAAUUUACGGGCUUGAGUUUGGUCAAGACGACACGCCAAAGCAACCGACACUACCAAGAACGUCGUGGUUCUCUAGGACAAUCAGGUUUCCAACUUCUAGUCGUGUUUCAACGAGUGAAUGUUGAUUUAUGCAAUUUCACUAUCAUUGGUGAUUAUCUUACGUCGAUAUUAUAAAAAAACAAAUUUUUUUCAUUAUUAGAAAGAUAUCAAGUUUGAUAGACUCAUUAGGUGCACGCCCAAGCAAUUGAACGUCCAGCAUCAUGGCGAACAGUAUGAUUCGGGACCGCCAAACUGUACAUAUACAUGCAAAAAAAGUAAACGGAAUAAACAAUGUUCAUCAUA